AUGAAGCUUUCUCUACCUUUCAUCGCGUUCUGCGCAACACCAGCCGUUGUUGGUCUUGCUCUCCCAAACGGCGCCUUCGAGAUCAAGGAGUACGAGCAUAAGGAUCACCAUCACCAUGACCCCAACCUGGUGAAGCACCAUCACAAGCACCACGAUCAUAAGCACAAGCAUCUUCAUCCCCAUGAGCAUGUCCACGUCACCAAGCACAAGCACCCCGAAAGGCCUUGCCCUAUCCUCACUGAGGAGAAGACUUGCAAGCUCUUCCACUAUGCCACCAAGGACGUUGAGGAGCUCAUUCAUGCUGUGCAGACCUAUGACUGUGGCAAUGAGGCGGAGUGUUGGCAUAAAAUUGUUUACAGGAUCUACAGUCUUGAGUAUGGGCUAGAUGCCUUUGACAAGUACGUGGACAGCACCACUCUCAAGAAGUGCUUGACCUGUGGAAACGACUCUCCUGUCGUUGGCUGCUUCCUUCACUAUGCAGAUGCUCUGAUCCGCCUCGUGAAGCUCCUGCGGCACCAGACCAAGGAUCUUGAUGGAGAGGUUGAACGACCCAUCCUGACUGCCAUCAACAGUCUGCGUGUUUCCAACUAUGCCGUGGUUUAUGAGGUCGGUCGCCGUAUUGAGUGCAAGAAGAGCCUCAAGAUCAUCAUGUCCAAGCAGGGAGCCAACGAUGGCACCACCAAGGGCAGCAUCCAGGCGGCCUUUGCCAAGUUCCCCUACACUCCCCUGAUCACAGGCGAGGACUUCGAGGAUAGGGUCGCGCUGGACAAGAGUGCCGCCAAGGAGGACUCUGAGGGUGAUGGAGAGAAGAAGCACAAGAAGGUGCACAAGCACUACCACAACCAUCACCACGGACACAAGCAUGGGCACAAGCACGGCCACGGACAUGGCCACCUCCACCAACAUGGACACAAACACGGACAUAAGCACGGGCACAAGCACGAGGAUAAGGAUCCUGGGCAUGAGCAUGAGUAUGACCAUCACCACCAGGAUCCCCAUGAUCAUCAUGAUGAGGUUCGUGCCAACGAUUCGAGGUCCUAG